UAUCGCGUCCGUUCGAACCUGAUAAAGUUAUUCCACGCCCAAGCAAUACCUUCCUCGAUAUGGGCAUGCUUAGUACACAGCUACAGCCCGAACGAAAUGGAUGGUCACUCUUGGUUGCACUACAGUAACGGAAUUGUUCCCCAGAACGCCGUUGUGGCCGGCCACGAUUCGGAUGGCGACACCAUCUACGUGGGACGCGCCUUCUACAACAAUGACAUGCUGCCGGCCAAGGUGAUCCCGAAUAAGGGCAAGGCCUACGUGGCCUAUGCUGGCGCUGAGGUGGAGCUGGACAGCUACGAAGCGCUCAGUGGCCUUAACUACGAGUGGCUGGCCGCGGAGAACGGUGACGUGCCGCCCGGCGCCGUCAGCGUUGGCCAAAAUGUCGAUGGUGAGGCACUGUAUGCGGGACGUGGCUACCACGCCGGAUCUCUGACCGUCGGCAAGGUGCAUCCGUCGCACGGUUGCCUCUACAUUCCCUACGAUUCUGAGGAGGUGAAGCUCUUCGCCUACGAGGUGCUGUCGCGCCGCAUGAUGGCUAGAUAGGUGCACCC